AUGGCAGAAGCAGAUUGGAACGAGGUCACCUAUAUUGGCCACAGGCCGGGAAAGGCAGGCCAGCUUCGGUCUAAACAGGCUGUCAAUUCUGCCCUGAGGACUGGUGCCGAUGUUGAAACAAGCAAGAAAUUCUCCGGUGGCCAGAACAAACAGAUUUCAGCAAACAAAAACACUGCAAAACUGGAUAGAGAAACUGAGGAGCUCCAUCAUGAGCAUGUUCCGCUGGAUGUGGCCAAGCUGAUACAGCAAGGGCGUCAGGCCAAAGGUUUCACCCAGAAAGAUUUGGCCACAAGAAUCAAUGAGAAGCAGCAAGUCAUUAAUGAUUACGAAGCAGGCAAAGCUAUUCCAAAUCAACAAAUUAUGAGCAAACUGGAAAGACAGCUGGGAAUAAAGCUUCGUGGAAGAGAAAAGGGUCAGGUUCUUGCCAAGAAGUGA